ACCUGCUCCUGUAAAGAUUACAGCCUAGGAAACACUAUGAAGUGGUUCUACUCUGUCACAUGGGGUCACUGAGUUGAAAUCGAUUUGAUGGCGCCUAACAAAAAGAUUGACAAUCAUCCAUGAGCUUUAUAGCACUGUGUACUUUACAUCAGAGGAGCCCUAGCAGUGCAGUGGUUAAGCACUCAGGCUGCUAACCAAAAGAUUGAAGGUUUGAACCCACCAGUUGCUUCGUGGGAGAAAGAUGUGGCAGAUUACAGUCUUGGAAACCCUAUUAUUGGACAGUUCUCCUCUGUCCUAUAGGGUCGCUGUGAGUCGGAAUUGACAGCAAUGGAUUUGGUUUUGGAUCUUUUGCACUUUAUUUCAUUGUUGGGUUAUUUAGUUAUUCAUAAUUAUCUGCUUACUGUUGCCUCCCCCAUUAGAAUCUUAGUUCCAUGUGGGCAUACAUGUGUCUUGCCAAUGCUCAAAACAUAGUCAAGUCUCAAUUAUUUGUUGGUUGAAUACACCGAAACACAGGCUCUUACUAGUUAAGGAUUCCAUUUCGGUGUGUAGCUAAAACCUAAGCACUAAUAGUCCAUCAUAUCGGUGCUUUCCUUGGCCCUUCGACCUUUAUUUUCCAUUUUACCAAGCUUUUUAUGUAUACAAUAUACUGCCGUGUUCCUCUUUUUCCUCUUCUCAGUGAUGUGUCACAAAGUGAUGUAUUUUUAUUGGGUGAGGCGCAGGUAAUCUCCCUGUUUUACAGCUGUGCCCUUUCUGUGAGCAAAUACACAAAGUGAACUUUGGUUUAUCUCCUACCAUAAUGUAGCUGCUAAUUGCUUAAGGCAGGCUGGAUUGCAUGGGCCACGUGAGCAGUGGGGCAUGACCAGAAAGGAGCGUGGGGAAGAGUAGACGGAACAACCCAGCGAGAGCCUGUCCAGCUGGAGUUCCUGCCUCCCUGGAAGCCCAGAGCAAAGCGAGUGAGCACAAGGAGAAUGGUUCUGAGGUGAGCGAGGUCAUGAAGACAUCACUGCUGGGCUUGGUUUUGUGGUCGCUGUUCUUCCAGCCCAGGCUGAUGGUCUCGGCCUCCCAGAUGGUUCGGAAUUGCCAAAAUGGCAGCUACGAGAUCAGCAUCCUGAUGAUGAACAACUCAGCCUUCCCAAUGUCCCUGGAAUAUUUGAAAGAAGUGGUGAAUAAAGGAUUGGAAAUAGUUAGAGGGCGCCUGGAAAGUACUGGUAUAAAUGUGACUGUGAAUGCUAGCUUUAUCUAUGCGGAUACUUGGAUUUAUAAGUCAAGCGACUGCCGAAGUAGCACCUGUGAAGGCCUGGACCUACUCAGGAAAAUUUCAAAAGACAAACAGAUGGGCUGCGUCCUCAUGGGGCCCUCGUGCACAUAUUCUACCUUCCAAAUGUACCUUGACACAGAAUUGAACUAUCCGAUGAUUUCAGCAGGAAGUUUUGGAUUGUCGUGUGACUACAAAGAAACCUUAACCAGGCUGAUGUCUCCAGCUAGGAAGUUGAUGUACUUUUUGGUUGACUUUUGGAAGGUCAAUAAUUUGCCAUUCAAAAGUUUUUCCUGGAACACAGCAUAUGUUUUCAAGAACACUACAGAGUCUGAAGACUGUUUCUGGUACCUCAAUGCACUGGAGGCUGGAGUUUCCUAUUUUCAUGAGAAACUUGUCUUCAAAGAUAUGUUAAGACGAGAUGACCAGUUUCAGAACAUCUUAAUGGACCCAAACAGGAAAAGUAAUGUGAUUGUCAUGUGUGGUAGGCCAGACUUCAUCUACUCCCUCAAGGGUGACCGGCAAGUGGCUGAAGACACUGUCAUCAUUCUAGUGGAUCUAUUUAAUAACAACUACUUUGAGGAAAAUGUCACAGCCCCUGACUUUAUGAAAAAUGUGCUUGUGCUGACACUGUCUCCUGGAAAUUUCAGCAGAAAUAACUCUUCCUCCGAAGAUCUAUCACUGGUGAAAAAUGACUUUGCUAUUGCCUACUUGGAUGCAGUCUUGCUCUUUGGACAUAUGCUGAAGAUAUUCCUUGAAAAUGGAGAAAAUGUGAUUACCUCCAAAUUUGCUCAUGCUUUCCGGAGCCUCACAUUUGAAGGAUUCAUGGGCCCUGUUACUUUGGAUGACUCUGGAGAUAUUGACAAUACUAUGGUGCUUCUGUAUACCUCUGUGGAUACCAACAAAUACAAGGUUCUUUUGACCUAUGACACCCGUUCAAAUUAUACUCAACCAGUGGAUAUGAGCCCUACUUUCAUCUGGAAGAACCACAAACUUCCCAAUGAUAUUCCAGGCCGGGGCCCUCAAAUCCUGAUAAUUGCCGUCUUCACCCUUGCUGGAGCUAUGAUACUGUUCCUGUUUGUUGGUCUUCUGGUGCUGAGAAAAUACAAAAGAGACAAUGAACUUCGUCAGAAAAAAUGGUCUCACAUUCCUCCUGAAAAGAUCCUUCCUUUGGAGACCAAUGAGACCAACCAUAUUAGCCUGAAGAUCGACGAUGACAAGAGGCGAGAUACAAUCCAGAGGCUACGACAGUGCAAAUACGAUAAAAAGCGAGUGAUUCUAAAAGAUUUCAAGCACAAUGAUGGUAACUUCACUGAGAGACAGAAGAUAGAGUUGAACAAGUUGCUUCAGAUUGACUAUUACAACCUGACCAAGUUCUAUGGCACGGUGAAGCUUGAUUCUACGAUCUUUGGAGUGAUCGAAUACUGCGAGAGAGGAUCACUCCGGGAAGUUUUAAAUGACACGAUUUCAUACCCUGAUGGUACAUUCAUGGAUUGGGAGUUUAAAAUAUCUGUCUUAUAUGACAUUGCUAAGGGGAUGUCUUAUCUGCACUCCAGUAAGACAGAAGUCCAUGGUCGUCUGAAGUCUACUAACUGUGUAGUGGACAGCCGAAUGGUGGUGAAGAUCACUGAUUUUGGCUGCAAUUCCAUUUUACCUCCAAGAAAAGACCUGUGGACAGCUCCAGAACACCUUCGCCAAGCCAGCAUCUCCCAGAAAGGAGAUGUGUACAGCUAUGGGAUCAUUGCCCAGGAAAUCAUCCUGCGGAGAGAAACCUUCUUCACGUUGAGCUGUCGGGACAAGAAUGAGAAGAUUUUUAGAGUGGAGCAUUCCAAAGGAGUGCAACCCUUCCGCCCAGAUCUGUUCCUGGAAACAGCAGAGGAAAAAGAGCUGGAAGUGUAUCUACUUGUAAAAAACUGUUGGGAGGAAGAUCCAGAAAAGAGACCAGAUUUCAAGAAAAUUGAGAACACACUGGCCAAAAUUUUUGGCCUUUUUCAUGACCAAAAAAAUGAAAGUUAUAUGGACACCUUGAUCCGACGUCUACAGCUAUAUUCUCGAAACCUGGAACAUCUGGUAGAGGAAAGGACACAGCUGUACAAGGCAGAGCGGGACAGAGCUGACAGACUUAACUUUAUGUUGCUUCCAAGGCUAGUAGUAAAGUCCCUGAAGGAGAAAGGCAUUGUGGAGCCUGAACUAUAUGAGGAAGUUACAAUCUACUUCAGUGACAUUGUAGGUUUCACUACUAUCUGCAAAUACAGCACCCCCAUGGAAGUGGUGGACAUGCUCAAUGACAUCUACAAGAGUUUUGACCACAUUCUUGAUCACCACGAUGUCUACAAGGUGGAGACCAUUGGUGAUGCCUACAUGGUGGCUAGUGGUUUGCCUAAGAGAAAUGGCAACCGGCAUGCGAUAGACAUUGCCAAGAUGGCCUUGGAUAUCCUCAGCUUCAUGGGAACCUUCCAGCUGGAGCAUCUUCCUGGCUUGCCAGUAUGGAUCCGCAUUGGAGUCCACUCUGGCCCCUGUGCUGCAGGAGUCGUGGGAAUCAAGAUGCCUCGUUAUUGCCUGUUUGGAGACACCGUCAACACAGCCUCCAGGAUGGAAUCCACUGGCCUUCCCUUGAGAAUUCAUGUGAGUGGCUCCACUAUAGCCAUCCUGAAGAGAACCGAGUGUCAGUUCCUGUAUGAAGUGAGGGGAGAAACAUACUUAAAAGGACGAGGAACUGAGACCACCUACUGGCUGACCGGGGUGAAGGACCAGGAGUACAAUCUGCCAACCCCUCCAACUGUGGAGAAUCAACAGCGCUUGCAAGCAGAGUUUUCGGACAUGAUUGCCAACUCUUUACAGAAAAGACAGGCCGCAGGGAUAAGAAACCAAAAACCUACUCGGGUAGGCAGCUACAAAAAAGGCAGUCUAGAGUAUUUGCAACUGAACACCACAGACAGGGAGAGCACCUAUUUUUAAAUGAGGUCUACGGACUCAGGCAAAUUAAACCCCGCUGUACGUGGGCAGUGACCUCACAUGUACUGAAAGCCUGCAUUGUCCUGAUACCUCAAUGAAAGAGAAAAAGACUUAGAUACAUUCUCCUUAGCAUUGGCUGCUGGGUCUGGAACGCACACUGUCUCCUAUGAAUCAGAUGUGAGCUCUCAACGCAAGAACUACCUUCUGCUCCAGGGAGUUUUCACCUGGGUAAGGGGAGAAAUAAAUACACUAUCUAAAACUUGAGGAGAUUUUGCUCUUAUUUCAUUUAUUUUGUUUUUGUUUUGUUUACUGACUCUUCCUGUUUUUUUUUAAAUUGUCCCAAUUAUAUUUUAAAUACCUUAUUGUCAUUAAAUUAUAUUUAAUUCAUAAUUUUUACAGAAAAUAUGUUAUAUUUUAGGCAGGAAUAAAAGUUAAA